UGGACGAAACGGCACUGCUUAAAAGUCUCCAUGAUGUCUAUAAGGAUGAUUCCUUUCCAUCGCCUGGAAAUGCGGAGUCAGACACUUGGAAUGAAAUUUUUAUGGAUUUCCGAUGCUGUGCUGUAAAUGGAGUGACAUCUACAACAAACAACUUUGAUUUGACCCCAUGGUGUACAGUUUCCGGAUCUUGUCAGCAAGGGAACUCUGAGAUACCAAAAUCUUGUUGUAAGGAUGUUGAUAAAUCAACUUAUACAUCGGCUCCCACUGAGUGCCAUGGAUUUGUUUACAGUGGUUAUUACAACGAAAAGGGCUGUGCAGCUGUAUGGCUAGAUGCAGUUAAAGACUAUACCGACGAGAAGAAAAUGGUGUUUCUCUGUGGACUUGUAGCCGCCGUGUCACAUGCUGCAUCACUGAUAUUCUCCCUGUGUUUAGUUCUUUCAUUAUUGGUAAUGAAUAAUAUUCAAGUUAAAGAGAACAGAGUACAAAACGAAGAAGAGAAGAGAAAAGGCAUGGAAAUGACAGAAGAAGGAGGUGGAUGGAAAUAAGAAAAAAAGAAACAAGAUAAUCAUGUUCUUUGAUUUGCUGAUA